GCGUCGUCCUCCUGCGGCGGCGCAGCUUCCUGUCGUUGACGUCUGCUUCCGGGGCAGGGUCGUUGCCAUUAGGAGGGGUCGCUGUGGCUGCUUGGAAGUGAGGGAAGGAAGGAGCGACGGGAGGUGACGCCCUAGUGUGCCCCCCUCACAAGACCGAACCCAGAGGGGUCACAUCCCACGAGGGUGACUGGUGGGAGAUUCGGGACAGAUUAAAGGAAGGAGUUCUUCACACCACGCAGAGUUAAAUCAUGGAACACACUGCCACAAGUUCUUACCAUCUAACACGAAAGGGGGGAAUUCUGGAUCAAGUAGAAUCUGCAUCAGCCAUUGAGGCAACCCUGAGGAUGGAAGGCGUUGAGCUUAAAGAGGAGUGGCAAGACGAGGACUUUCCAAGACCUCUGCCAGAAGAUGACCAUAUUGAAGAUAUGUCUGAUCCAGCAGAAAGAGGCGACCAACAUGAAGUGAACGGCAACAAAGUUAAGAAGAAACUGAAUGCUCCAAAUAUAAAUUUAACUCUGGAUCGCAGUGAGGAAUCCAAUUUGUCCGACUUGGAGGACAGCAGGGAUAUUGAUCUGGAUGAUAUAGACACACCAUCGGAAAAUAGCAAUGAGUUUGAAUGGGAAGAUGAUCUUCCAAAGCCCAAAACUACUGAUGUAAUUAGAAAAGGAUCACUUUCAGAAUAUGCGGCAUCAGAUGAAAAGGAAGAGGAGCGGAGGUGGCGAAUGUUCCGCAUUGGAGAACAAGAUCACAGGGUAGACAUGAAGGCGAUUGAGCCCUAUAAAAAAGUCAUCAGCCAUGGAGGUUAUUACGGUGACGGAUUAAAUGCAAUCGUUGUGUUUGCAGUUUGCUUCAUGCCAGAAAGUGGACAGCCAAACUACAGAUACUUAAUGGAUAAUCUGUUUAAGUAUGUUAUCGGCACACUAGAAUUGUUAGUAGCAGAGAACUAUAUGAUUGUUUAUCUGAAUGGUGCAACUACACGGAGGAAGAUGCCCAGUUUAGGCUGGCUCAGGAAGUGUUAUCAACAGAUUGAUAGGAGGUUAAGGAAAAACCUGAAGUCCUUAAUCAUAGUUCAUCCUUCGUGGUUCAUCAGAACACUUCUGGCAAUCACCAAACCUUUUAUUAGCUCAAAAUUUAGCCAAAAAAUCAGAUACGUCUUUACCCUGGCAGAGCUGGCUGAACUCGUCCCCAUGGAAUACGUUGGCAUACCUGAAUGCAUAAAACAGUAUGAAGAAGAAAAAUUUAAAAAGAAACCCAAAAGCAGAAUUGACCAAGAGCUUAAUGGGAAACAGGAACAGAAGACGGAACAGUGAAAGAUGUUUGUGUGUUGGAUUUGAACCAAGGCUGAAGAAUGGGUCGAUGGAAGGUCAUCUUGCCAUUAUCAAAACCCGUUCUGAGAUCUGCCUCCAACUUGUGCCGAAUGGACGACACGCUGCUGAACGGGUUUGCAAGUCCCAGCUAGCCAUUGACACUUAAUAGCUGCCUUUACUAUAACGGUUUUAUACUGCAGUGUCGCAAAGCGUCAUAGGAGGCACCCAUGUUUUUUAUCCUAAAUGAAGCUUAUUCAGUAAAUAUUUAUAUGCUUAAAUGUUAAGGAAAGAGAUAAUAUAUAUUUUUAUGAUUUCUCAAAACAAUAUUUUAUAACGUUUAUCUGCAAAAACCCUGGCAAGGUAGACCAGGCCAUAAAUGACUGCUGUCAUUUAUUUGGUAAUAAAGUGCAUGACAGUUUCGUAUAAAUGGUCAAAUGCUUCUUGGCUGGCAAAUAAAGUAACACAACCUCAGUGAUUUGCUAAGCAAGCAAGACAUAAUCAGCUGUACUGGAGAAAUGCUAAGAUUCUUGGCCAUUCCGCAUAUUGGCUGCACCUAGUGCUCGGAUAUCCCCCCUGCGAAAGUUUUCUUGGCACAAAAAGGAUUCUGUCCAAGUCGUAGCCUGUUUGGUCAGAGGGCUUUUAAUUUUUGCACAGUAUAACGCUUGCAGAACUGUUGCUUUAAUAUUUGAGCAGUGGAAGCUGUAUACAAAUAGAGUAUUGUAUUGACACACGUUAGCCAUCCUCUGAAUGAUAUGUGCCAACUAUUCAGGCUGAAGAUGAAGGGCAGAAUUGCAUAUUGCAAGAAACACAGGCCUGCUGCCCGAAACGUCACCCUAUGUUGAGGUGCCCUUUCUGUAACAUGCAGCACACUUCGUGCCCUGGCGUCACUCUGCGGUUGCUUGUCCAUCAGUGACAUGGAACAGAGAUGCAGAAUAGGACAUCAAAAUGUGUGUGUUACAGGGCUGGUGUGUGAUACAAGUUAUGGAGAGGAAGAGUUUGAUACAGGGGGUGCUCUUAGUGACAGCUCUGUAUUUCUUGUAAAGUGUUGCUCCACCCUAAAAAUGAGGGUGGAAUAUGAGAGCACUGCCGUUUUGUAGCCAGGAUAUCUCCCGUCUCCUGUGCUUUCGACCCAGCACCUUCCACAAGCACUAAAUUCACUUUAUUACACUUUAUUU